AUGGAAAGCAAUUUAUUGAUUGCAUAUGCUGCUUUAGGCACCAUGGCAGUUGUGCCGAUUUACUAUGGAUCAUUUGCUUCAGUAAAAUGGCCUAAAAAGAAAAAAACUGAAUGUGCCAAGUUUGAUCAUGAGGCAGAAUCUUCUGAUGAAGAGGAUUCUUCAACCGAAUCUUUAUCAACGGAAGAUGCUUAUCUUUUUCCAAUAAUUGGAUCCGUGGUGCUCUUUUCAUUAUACCUAGUUUUUAAAUUAUUGAACAAGGAUUAUGUGAAUUAUCUUGUUACCGGAUACUUUGCCUUUUUAGGCGUUAUCGCUGUAACAAAUGUUGGCGUGUAUAUUGUUAAGAACGUAAUUGGACUUAAAGUUGACUCUUAUAAAAUUAGAUUAACCAAAAAAGCUGAAGCAUUUGCAUUCAAUGCAAUCCAAAUGCUUUCGUUGGAUUCAUUUAAAACUGGAAUGAUCUUGUUGAGUGGAUUGUUUUUCUAUGAUAUAUUUUGGGUAUUCGGUACUGAGGUGAUGAUUACUGUAGCUAAAAGUUUUGAUGCGCCAAUUAAAGUAGUUUGGCCUAAACAAUUGCUUGGAUUACAACCAGGUGAAGCUUUACAAUUUACCAUGUUAGGGUUAGGAGAUAUUGUCAUUCCUGGAAUUUAUGUUGCACUUUGUCUUCGAUUUGAUCAUAAUCUACAUUUAAAACGUAAUCCCACAGCUAAAAAAUAUUCCAAAUUUUCAACACCGUAUUUCAACAGUUGUUUUACUUCUUAUAUCUUGGGCCUUAUAACCACCAUUGUAGUUAUGCAUACUUUCAAAGCAGCACAACCUGCUUUGCUUUACCUUUCACCAGCUUGUAUAAUUUCGGUGCUUGUAACAGGAUUAUUUAAAAGUCAAAUACGCGAGAUUUUUACCUAUUCGACUGACGAUCCUGAAAAGAAAGACAAAAAAAAGGAUGACGAUGUAGAUGCUGAUGGUGAUAAGAAAGGACAAGUACAUAGCGAAGAUGAUGAUGGUGAUAAUGAGGCGGUGGAGAAUGAACAACAACAAACAGUCAGAAAACGCACUAGUGAUAAAAAAAUUAGUAAUAGUGAAGACGAUGAUGAUGAUACAACCAACAACAUUAUAUCUAGAACCAACGUUAUCACUACUACCGAAAUAAAAGUUGAAGAUGAUUCGAUAGUGGAAGAAGUUCUUUCGUUAAAAAAGAAAAAAAGUAAGAAAAGCAAGUCAAAGAAAUAA